AUGGGCAUUUUUGAUGCCUCCAUCACCCCAGGCGGCUCUGCUAUCUUUGGAACGAACCUCUUUCCUUCAGCAUUCACCAGAAAGAGGAUGGAUUCAUCACCAGAAAAAAAAACUGCCCGUGAUAUUGAGAAAGCUAAAACAUCUCCGGAGCCCGAUAAUAUCAAUGACAUCGCUAUUGACGGGGGCCAGAAGUCAAGGUAUCAACGAGCGCGUCAUUUUUCAAUAGACAUCAUCGGCAGUACCAUAAGCAUAGGUUUUUUUGUAGGACUGGGAGAAGCGUUGAGUGAAGGUGGUCCAGCUGGUCUACUUCUUGGGUACAUUGUCAUGGGAGCGGUAGUCUGUAGCAUGAUGGUAGCGCUGGUCGCUGGUCAGACAAUACACUACUCUUGCCGCUUUGUUGAUCCUGCUUUGGGCUUUGCUCUUGGCUGGACCUAUUGCUUGAGUACUGGACAGGAGCAGAUUAUAGGCCCUUUUGGAUUACAAUUAUACUGGAUUCUUCCUGGCCCCUUCAGAGAAUCAGAUUCUCUAUUCUGGUCAAGCUUGGUUCAAGCUGCUUUUUCAUAUCAAGGUGCUACGUUGCUAGCUGAGGCGGCCGCUGAAUAUGAGAAUCCUGGGAAGCAUACCUCCCAAGUCAUCAACAAGAAUUUUUUUGUUAUCAUGAUAUUCUAUACUGUUGGUAUGACUGUCGCUGGAUCACUGGUACCAUACGUUUCAACCCGAUUACAGACAGGCAUAUCACCAUUCGUAAUUGCAAUUGACUCAGCAAAAAUAUCAAUUUUGCCGGAUAUUGUGAAUGGACUUCUAGUCGUUCUUACUGGAGUAUUUCCAUCAGCACACUCAAACAUAUGUGUAACAGCUGCCUUCGGACUAUUGGCCUAUAUGGAUGUUGAUGAUUCUGGAUCAGGAAAGACUUACAUCCGAUUUUAUCACGGAUUGAAGCAUAUCAAAUUAGAUCGUAAUACGCUUGCUUAUUGGGCGCCUUUUCAACCAUGGCUAUCUUACUUCGGAUUUACUAUGACUAGUUUGAUGAUUAUCUUCAACUGUUCUGAUUUAGUCUUGAAUCCCGAGUCGUCUCUUUUGUCCCAAGAACUUUGA